AUGGAGAUCAGGCGGUCACCCUUGAAUUGGAUUUGUGGGCUUAUUUUAAUCCUGUAAGUUGACAAUUUGAAAGGGGGACUGUUGCAGAUAACAGCCCACACGUGUGAUUCUGAUAAUAUCUUCACAUAAAUCUUUUCUAGCCUUCCGUUAAUUUCUAUAACCAGUGCAGCUCGUCAUCGAUCGAAGUGUCCAUACGAAGAUGACUCCAUACCGGUAAGUUUAGUUUGGGUCACAUUUCUGAAAAAGCUUUUCAUCGUAAUAACGUUUAUUUUUUUCUCCGUUGUCUAGAUAUGGGAAAAAAUUCAAUGCGACAAGUCAGAUCCCAACACUCCUCCCGUUAAGCGGCUAGUUCGUCUAUAUUCAAGGGCAUCUUCCAAGCAUAUUCAGAUGGAGGCCACGGCAGUCAAUGCGCGUGGCAACAAGAGUUCUGAAUACGGUAAGUUGCACGCAAAAAAAUGUUAGAACCAUUUGAGCAACAACUAACCUUGAUUUCCUUAGUUUGUUUUUAUAAAAUCACGGCCAUUAAUUACUUUAGCAGAAAAAACAAGAAAAUUUUGUAGGCUAUCAAAACUUCAUGCUUUGAGAGAAAAUAUUUUAUUGGCAACUUAACAACAUAACACUAUUUCUCCAUUGCCGAGUGAACUCGAAUGUACAUUUAAUAAGUCGUGGUUUGUCGUGAUCUAAUUAGGCCGUGAUAAACUGUAGCGAUUACGUUCGUGUUUCGAGAUCUUUUGAUAACAUUAUAAGCUAUUAUAAAACGUCAAUUAAAAAAAAGCACGAAAUCAAAUAACCUUUCUCAUUGCACUGUUAAAAGUACAUGUAUACCAUUAAUCUUUCUCUACAACAAAAAUUUGGAACAUAACUAGCUCUGUAUUAGACUGAGAGCAGUUACGUUUUUCAAGUACGUGCGAACAAAUUCAUUGCGGCUAGUAGGAGUCCUGUGGAGGAAAUUGCUGGGCGCACCUCGUGGCUCGAUUACCAGCGCCGACAAUAAAUAUUUGACACCGAAAGAAAAUCAUCUUUUUGAGGCGCAAAGGAAAAGCCAAAGGAAAAUUGAGGGCCGAUUCCGGGUCUUUAAUGGUUUUGUCGGUUGCACCGCAGGUGGAAGAAACAAAUGGGCCGCACAUGUUUGACUGUUACUCGAAAAGUGACGGAACUUUUCAUGAAUCAGAAAACCUCCGAAACUUGUUUGAUUCCAGUGAUGUUUUAAAACCAAGAGAAAUUGCAGAAGACAGUUAAUCAAGUAAAUAGUGAUUACUUUGAGUAAGUUAAGAUUUUUAAAGGUACGGAGCGAAAAUACCUGACACUUUCUUUCUUUUCACUGUUAAUCAAUUACCCAGUACAUAUCACUGUUUACUCAGCUUUCAUAGCCUAUCAAAACGAAAAAGCAGGAUUUUUGCUCGGGGUCAAUUGUGCGACGCAAUCCCUUAUUCUAACGAUUCCGGCAAAACUCUAAUUUUUUCAGUAUGACUAACCGUUGACAUUCAAUGUUUCGCGCAGCAGGAACCAUAAUUAAUGGGCAUAUGGCAACCUAACCCAUCCUGCUCGAAUCGUUCCUGUUAGUGAUUUUGUGCCGACCACGCCAACCCCGGCCUUUGACUUUCCAUGUCUACUUCCUGUUUUCUCUUUUUGCUUUCUCAUAUGCCUUGCGCGUACACUGCAUUCAGUGAAAUCGUCUAUUUUUCAAAUGAGUCAAGAAAACUGUUAUUAUUUCAAGAUUUUUGGAUACUUACCUUCCGAAAUUUGCAGCGAUUCAAAUGAAAAGGAACGCCAAAAGAGAAAAGGGUUUUUUUCGUCCAAUAAGCCAGAAAAUCACACUAGCGAAGGAAAAGGGAAAGGAAGAUAGGAAGAGCGAGACGAAAGAAAGAAGGAGAUGAGAAAAAAGUAAUGGUUGCACCCUAAAUUUUUAUAUUCUUGGCUACUAUAGAUAAAAACCAGCUUGACGGAGGAGGUCUAUUUUGGCAGUAACGUUUUCAAACAUCCGGCUAGAUAAAUGGUAAUAAUUCUGAACAAAUUCGGACGUGGUUCGAAGCCAUGCCGCGCCAAUAGAGGUGGAACUGAAAAUCUCUCAGUUUUUCUACCGGUUUAUCAGUCCUGCUGCAGAAAAUAUUUCAAAAUCACUCUUACAACAUAAGUAUUGGACGAACUUGCUAUUCAUAAGUUUUAUAAUUGUUUUUGAAAUACUUGUCAGCGGUGAAUAUUCAUCACAACUACCCUCGUAGAAACAAUCUUUUAUCAUCUAUGACGACUAUAGACCAUGUUACAACAGCUUUAGCGGUUUUUAUUUGGUGUCCUUGAUAUUUCCUCGAAGGCAGUUCUGUUUCCCUCUAAAUGCAAAGAAAACAAACGUGAAGACACUUAGGCUCAUUUCUCAGAAGUCCAUAAGCUAGAUAUGCGGCGAAGCAGAGGUUGCAGUACGGAGCGGAGCCCUGAGUGCUGAUCUUCUUUCUAAGGGAAACGGAGGCAUUAUGAAAUGACUCUCAGGCUACAAAGAAGCGUACAAUCCUAACACAACUGCGGGUUUUGGAUCUCUGAAAUCAAAAGUCCACUCUCUACUUUUGAUGGGUGAAGUUUUGUUUACUACAACAAAACAGCCUUUUUAAACGAGUAAUUAACCACGAACAAGUGUAGAAAGGUUAUCUGAUUAUCUUUACACCAUACCUAUAAACCUUACUCUGAUAGCCAGCAGUUUUUUCGCAGCUUUCGAGAAGCAGUUACAAGAAAAUACGUCAGCAUGCGACUACGACGUGAAAAAUGACUUACAAAUAAAUGCAAGAUACCUAAGACGAAUUUAUCGGUUCCUUUUAGGAACAACGGUAUCAAAACCUGAAGCCUGCGUUGGUAUACGCUUGUACUUUGACUCUAACUUGACAAUAUAUAACGCCAAAUAAACUGACUAUCUAAUACAACGAACGUUUCACAAAAUGUGGUGUUUACAAGUCUUACAAGGCAACCCAGCAUUUCGUUAACAGCUAUGCUUUCUCGAUCUAUGGUCUGACCAUUAAUCUCGAAUCAAAUUCGAAUUUUGAAAAUUAGCCUAAUCAUUGCAUCUUCAUACUGAUUUUGAUUUUUUUCUGGUUUUUCUGAUUGGUUUUUCUUCCACUCUUGGUGGAUGGCUGAUCCAGUUUCACUCAAACAUUUGACGUCAUCAAUCCUAGCUCAUACCGGAGAACAUUUUUUUUAAGUUACGUAUGAAAUGUGGGUAAGGCCAACGUAUUCUUGUCCCGAAAGCUAAAUCUUGAUUAAUUUUAGUUUUAUUUACUUCAAGCUAUAAUGUGCUCAAUACUCUCCCGUGUUUAAAUGAAAAAUGAUCGUCGCAGUGGUUAUUUAUUGCAAUUUAAGCAAUUGCAACUUAUCCCGAAAAAAUUUUCGGGACUUCAACGGGAUUCUAACCCAUGGCCUCUGUGUUAAUAGCACUGCAGUGCUCUACCAACUGAGCUAUAAAGACCCAUAGAAUGGGAGCAGGCCGAUUUGUUAAGUUCAUCUUAACCCGUGAAAGGAAUGAAACAUACAUUGAAGAUGACGUAAACUGCCGAAAUACAAAUUUAAAAGAAGAUAGGAUCUCUCCCCUUUGUUGUUUCCAUGUCUUCCUGCAUUUUCUUUUAUAUUUUUCAUUUCAUUCAGUUCCUUUUUGCCAGCUUGCUAAUGCCACGCCUUUUUUAUCCUGCAGCGAGAUUGGUUCUUGAGUCAGAUAACUUAACUGGUCGGUUGAAGAUUCGCUCGGAAAAGACAAAUCGCUAUCUGUGUAUGAAUAAAAAAGGAGAACUUGUAGCCAGGGUAAGAAAAUUUUUUUUUAACUUUUAUUUUUUGCUAAUUUAAUUAGUCAGUAUAAAUAACACAAAUCGGUCAAUCCUUUGCCUAAAAUUCUUGUAAGGUCUGCACCUUGUGUGCAAUCGCUAACAACUCGUGAUUCCUCAGUUAACAGCAGAGAGGUUAAACAUCACGUUUACGUCAAACGGCAAACGCUAAUUUGUACUAGUUUCCCCUUUACUUGUCAUUUUCCUGUUCAUUAUUUCUACGCAUAAAUUAGUAGAUUUACGCAAUUUUUUAUCCAUAAGAAUUGUUUUGAGCAGUUUUUAUCUGCUUAUUUUCUAUUUUGAGAAAUUCUCAACUUGAAUCUGACGUUUGCCGUUUCUCGUAUACGUGAAGUUUAAUCUCUCUAGGUUUUCAUUCAGUAAUCACAGCCACUUUCUUGUUGCGCGGGCGAACAAUGGGUGCGGUACUUGAAGGAAGUUUGGGCAGCUAGGGAGUAGGAGUGUGCCACUGAGGCCUUAAAACCCUGGCCCUUAACCCGUUCCUUCGCUAUCCUGAUUAAGACAAAAGACUUUUUUAUUUUUAUUACGACCUUGGUCAAUUUAAUUUCUUUCUGGGCGAAUUAACUUGGGAGUGCCGCUCUCUUGCUAAGAUCUCUUAACAUUUAUCCUAAUCAUUGAUUUAUAGGAGUGGUUAAGAGGUAAUAUUAAGGAACUUGGUGUCGAAUCUUUCAAAAUUUCUAUUAAAAUCCGUGGUUCAUAUGCAAAGAAGUUCUGUCAUUUUUUUUUUACGGGAAAUGGGUUUCUGGCAGGAGCCGAUGGUUUCUGGUGAAUUUUAACGCCCAAAGACAACAUUAGCGACUUAAAAAAUAUCAUAUUUAACUAAUUUGGGCCGAAACACGAAACAUUAUGAGCUAGCCGUUUUAAGCCAGCAUAUUCGGAAUUGUUCAAGGAGGGCCUUUUGCGGAUCUUGGCAAACUCAGCUUAGCCUGCGCUAAGCUGAGCAGGCACAGGAGAAAUUUAGGGCGCAUCUAAAAAGGUGACGCGAGGAACGAGGAAGCGCGCGAUUAGGGAGGAAGCUACCUCUUACCUUGCCUCUGUCCUCCUCUCCCGCGCGCGUCGUUUCUAUCACCAGGCAGGCUAAGCUCAGCUGUUAAAGAAAUUGUGGCGCAGCUUUGAUCUGGGAGCGAUUUGGCCACCGGCGAUUAAACGUUCUUAUUUGAAAAAGUUCUGAAUUCCUUUACGCCUACUGUACUGAGCUGAUGGAUGGCAGUCAGUAACUACAAGACUAUAAAUUGAAAAGCAACUUAAAACCCUCUACGACAAACGUAGAUAAAGCCAAACUACUUCUUAGGACCACUUAGAUAUUCAAAAAGUUUGAAGCAUUGUUCACGGUCAGAUCCAUGUUAACUUUUAUUAUUGAGAAUUUUCAGCCUCUCGAAAAUUUCUUCGCAAAAAAAAAAAAGAGGCAAAGGCUUAUGGGUUUAGCGGGUUUAUGAAAAUUUAGAAAAUACAUCACAGGAUCUCGGCUGUACCAAGUGUAAAAAUAGCUGAAUUAAAAUAAAAGUUAGGUCCAUAGCGGUGUUUUUAUAACUAUCAUAACGACUGGAAAUUUAUCGCGUGCACGCGUGCGAGUAGGUGUCUAGAUUAUUCGCCCUAUCAGGGUGAAGUAAUUGUUCGUUUUCACCGCAUGAGAUUCUAUUCAUGCAAUGAAUACCAAAAGUUAUCCUCCCGCGGUCUAGUGCGUCAUGCUGUUUAUUGCGUGAUAUUCUCUUUAAAGCGUACCAAAUGGGACAACGGACAGCUUACCCAAACACAUGAGGCAGCCUCAUGUUAACUUUGGCAAACAAACGAUGACAGAUAACCGUAUCUGCUCGAUUUAACCCUCUCCUCGGUUAUAAAUGCCCCGCUGCAGUUAAUAAAGUCCUUCAGUAUGAACUGCCCACGACCAGGAGAGAGUAAACUCCCACGGUGAGCGGCACGAUUGUCAUGCUAUUUUGAUUUUUUUUCUAAUCCACCUUUGAAAAAAACUUUAAUCACUUAGUUGGGAGAUUUAAAGCGUCUAUUUUUGUAUUUGAAAUAUAAUGGUAGGGGUUCCAGAACAUAACACGGUUAUAGGCAAUCGCCCGUGCUCAAAUGUGCAAGGUUAUAAAUAAGACUACGUAAUUGCUGGGAGAGUCAUGAUUUCUACAUAGUUAAAACGAAACAACUAAAUAUUGGAGUAUACGGUAAAAUAAAGAAAUUAGUGAGAGGAAUUUGAGAGAAUUUUAAGUUUUCCUUUUUUCUUUUUCGGGCAUAAAUGUAAUGUACGGUGCCCGACUGGCCGACCCUAAAUGAACCACUGCUCCCAGACAAGCUGUAAUCAUUGUAAUUGCGUCCAUAACAAAAUGCUCAAAUGUGAUCGGUUCUUAACAGUCCAUUUUUUUUUUUUUUUUUUUUUUUUUUGCUUAAUCCUUCCCAUUAUCAUUAGAGCUUGAAAUCGGACGGGUCAAAUUGGUCAGUUUAAUAUAGCGAAUGAAAAUCAAGAAGCAAAUGUUUCUCUAGACAAUGAAACUCAACUACAUAGCCCAUGAUAACUAGUCGAAAUCAAUGUAAAAAUUAUGAAUAAGAGGCUGUACAGCUUGAGCUUGAAAAGGUAAAAAUGGGCGAAACUUGACUGAUUCAAUUACUUCACAUGCAUUCUAAUGACUCACACUUAACUGCUAAUGAGGCCUUGCGUCGCAUUCAGGUGUAAUCGGGGUAGUAAGUCAAAAUCGUAAUUUUAAAUGAAAUUACUUGGCAAGUAAUUUCAUGCCUGAUUAUUCCGCGGAAUCGUACAGGAAAAAACCCGCGAGUAUGAAUCUGCAUUUUCCCGCCAAGUUAGCCUGAACAGGUUCUUCUCAAAUGAUAAUAAUCACAAAUUUAGGCUAUUUAGGUUCUUACGUAGGUCCUUAUUUUCAUAAGAAAACACAUUGUAGCUAAGAGAAUUUAGGGUUAUUAAGCUUAUUCCUUAUAUAAAAUCUACAUACAAUAUUACAUUCCAAUUCAAGUGAUAAGGCACCAGUUAUCUUCAAAGAAGAUCCUGAAUGCUGACCUAUCUUAUUUGCCCAAGUGCACAGAAUUUUUUAUAGAUUUUCGAAAAGAAGAACCUGUUUCAAAUCUUAGGCUAAACAGGUUCUUGUAUAGAGGGUGCCUCACUAGCAAAUUUUAGGCUAACAGGUUCUUAAAAACCAGGUUCCUACUCUCGGAUUUUUACUGUACUCCGCUAAUUCCUAUCACUAUUACAAAUCCUUUCUGUAUCAAUUAUCCAUAGUACUUAUUUUAGCCCUAAUUAUCAGUUGCAGAAACAAAAAAAUCGAACCCUGAAGAGAUGUAUCUUCCGACAAAUACAAGCAAACAGUGGUUACUCCGAGUUCGAAUCUGUCAAGUAUCCUCAGUGGUUUAUCGGAUUCUCCAAGGGUGGAGUUCCCAUCAAGGGAAGCAGAGGCUCGAGACGUCAGAAGCCCCGUUACCGUCAGUUUUUGGUGAUAAACCUGCGGCCAGAGAAAAAGAGAAGAAAUCACUUGAAGCGUGCUAUUCAGUACAAUGAACUGAAAAAGAGAAUCAUCAGGCUUUUGAGAAUGAAGCUGAGGCUGUGA